CACACAUCUAAUAAGGCCUCCCUCACCCGUAGACAAAGUUGCCGUACGCACAACCCUAAAUCGUCGGGAAGGCAUCGCCAUGUCCGCCGCUCCCGGACCCUCUGCUUCGUCGGUCACCUUGUCCCGCCCCGGCCCCGGCCCCUUCCCCAACUGGAUGAUGCUGGAGCCCUUCGUCUUCCGCAGGGACGACAAGGAGUCUUUCCCGGACGACAUUAAGGCUUACCUCAGCGUGUCUGGCACCACCUCCUGGAACGCGCCGUUCCGCAUCGCGUUCGUUCUAAAAGAGCCCCCGCUCCCCUCCCGCCUCUACGCCCACCUGCCAUGUUUCCCAGAUCCCAGGAGGCAUAUCCCCUUGGCCAUCCUGGCGACCCACCGUCAUCUCAUCCUCCUUCGCAUCGCCACUGAUGCCCCUGGACGAGGGCUGUUGCAAGAUUUUCUUAUUUACAGCGCCUACUACUCUUCCUCGUUCAAAUCUCUGCCUCCUUGUACCCAGCCAUACACUGACUAUACCAAGAAAGAGACCGGUGACAGCCUACCUCGUGAUCAUCCCCUCCCCAAAGACAAGCAGCGCCUUUUAAUGGUCCAGUCUAUGGUGUUAGAGUUAUAAUAUACGCCAUGUACCCUUUUGUAUUUAUCCCAUUGUAUAAGGGGUUUCCUGCAUAUGUUCCACACCUGUACAUGUAUAUAUAUCGGCCUAUGGCCUCAUGGGAAUACAAGUUGCUUAUUCCUAACAUGGUAUUAAAGCCUUAGGGUUUUUUUUUAGCACGCGCAACUCGUGCUC